GUCGUUAUCGCUGAAAAACGUGGAUUGAAAAUUGCCCUGCCCCAAAUGCAGCCAGCUAUAAUGACCGAGCGUUCUAUUCGGUGGAAAAGACGGUGUUGACGUCCCAGGAUAAUGCCGGGUUGAAGUGGGCGGAGAGUAUGAAACGGGCGAUGACGAUAGCGAUGGUAAGGGUGAUGGCGAUGACUGAUGACGAUGGCGAUGGCGAUGGCGAUGGCGGGCCAGGUGUGUGCUAUAGCGAUGCCCCGGUGGCAGGAGCAGGCGAUGACGAUGGCGAUGGUGAUGGUGAUGGCGAUGUUGAUGGUGAUGGCGAUGUUGAUGGCGAUGGCGAUGGCAAUGACGGGCCAGUUGAGAAUGCGAGAGGAAGCGAAUGUGAUGCCGAGUACUGCUGCAUCUCCAAGCAAUCUGAGUUGUCCUCAAUGGAAAGCUCAGCGGGAUCAGAGCACAGACAGGACAGAGGUGAGCGGAGAGCGCCGGACAAGAACGAUCGAGCAGAUACAGUGGGGAGAAACCGAAUGGAGACAGUGCAGAGACUAUUGAUGUACUCACUGGAUCUAGUGGAAAGGGACCAGGGUGCAUUCGUGCAGGGAUGCUUGAUCUUCAACAACAUCGUGACGGCCAUUGAGACGUUGGAGGUGGUUCAGGGGGAGAAUCUAGAAAUGGCGGUCCUCCUCCUCGAUCUGGAGAAGGCCUAUGAUAAGGAAAACAUGUGUCCAGAUCGACCGGCAAUACCUACGUUUGUUCAGUACGCACCGAAAGGCGAGUGGAUGUAUCUCAGGGAGGCGACGGCACGUAGCACACUUAGGCUGAGUCGCACCAAUCUCUCUCUGGCUCUUAGCUAUCUGGCUAUAGACAGCACACAACAUAGUCCUGGACAUCGUAGUCGGCAUAGCACCCCGUCGUCUCCGUCCUUGCAAUUCUUGUCUCGUGAGAGAUGGAUAGAAGAAAAGGCGGGGCUGAAGGUGCAGAGGUGGGGAAUCAAAGCGGGGAAAGCCAGCGCUGAGGGCGGCAAUUUGGAUGGCGGUGGAAAGAAUACCGUCAUUCGGCUGCGAGAUUUUUGGCCGAAAGAAGUUUUUCACCCCGGAUCUCGGGUGGGAUUUUCCGCUUGGCAGUUUCUCGAUGUUCCCGAGGAGUCGGCACGCAAACUAAUUGCUUGGAGCCGCAUGCAGUCCGACACAUUCCGUGACCGUCUCGUUGGCAGGGGUUUGGCCCCGCCUCAUCUCGGAAAUGCCAAGCAGGAUAGCGGCGUAGGUGGUGCGGUUGGACUGUAUGGAAUGAGGAUGUUUGGAGACCCGUCGCCGGAAACAGAUCUGACGCCAGAGGUGCUAGGUGCGCAAGAGGGCGCGUGGGAGGUUAUCCCUCCAUCCUUUGCUGUUGUUGUGAGCAGGGGGUUUAACGCCACUCACGACAGAGAGGAGUGCUUCGAGGCUUAUGAGUUGCAGAGAAGGGCUGAUUGUCAAAAAGAUAGGAUACGGUCUUUGAGGACGGCUAUUAUCUCGGGACUCAUUUAUGCCGUACCCUUCCUCUUCAUCUCCUUGCACAUGGGUCUUCUUUCUGCUUACGCGUCAUUGUGGCUAGCGGCAUAUCCGUUCGAUCAUCACCUGCUCUGGGUCCUGAGAAUGUCUUGUCUCCCUUCCAGCGGGCCGGAUCUGGAAGCGCAGUCGAGAGCAUCAUCUCAUUCGUACGGGGUAUGUGCAGAUGGCGGCGGAUUGCGAAAGGUGGGUGGAGUUGCUCCAUUAGACAAGGCUUCAACAGGAAUGACUUUUUCUGGCAAAAUCACAAGUCUUCACACUUCUCCUCGGAGGCUCGAAUUCUUAUCGAAACGAGAGUCCAAAACACUGUUGUCCGCGGUGCAUUGGUUGAUGAUCAUGGUUGUCUUCGGUGGACCAAUAUCGUUCAUGCUACGGGGCGCAGCCAACUCUAUGGAUGGCCUUUUCACUGUGCAGUUUUAUUCAAUGGAUGCGUUCUUUGGGAAGAGUUUCCAAGCCGUAUUAGCAUGGCAAGUGGUAUGUCUUAUAUACGCCAUCGCGGUAAGUUACUUCAUCGGAUUCCGCAAGGUCCGAAAACAUGACCUUGGGACAGACUUGAAAUGUGGCUGUUAGUGGUUUUGCCGUGUGGGAUUGAUCAUGCAGCUGGAUGACAGUUCCUUUGUUUUUUUUCUUUUUCCCUUUUUGGGUUUCUUUGGCUGGGUGGUAUAGUUCAAGCUUUGAGCGGUGUCAAAGACUGGGUAAUCAGCAGGUUCUCCCUUGAGUAAAAUAUAGAUGCUGAAAGGUGGAGAAACAAGCUAAGGCUUGGUGAAGGUCACGAGCAGGGCUGAGGGACAGCCAUGAAUGAACUUAUUGUGUAGACGCAUGCCAUUGACUGAGCUUGGCUUAUGGCGUCUCCUAUUUUGGACAGUGUGGAAGAUGAUCCGGGGGUGGGCCUAAGCUAUGGCUACCAAGAAGUAUGGUCACCUGCCACGUAUCAAUGAGUGAAGUGAUGUGACCUGAUUACAUGCCGCAUAUCAAUCAAUGAAGGUACAUGGCGUGA